CUUAUCACUCACCACCCAUCAUGGCGAUCGCACGUCCGAUUCGCAUGUUAGGCGCUGCGUGCGUCCUACUGACUCUAUUUCUCAUCUUCAAUCUACGCCAAUCCGCUGAUCAACCCACUUCCAAAUUGACAAAUGGAAUGACUCGGGAUCCCCUUCUAGAUCCCACGGGUGAACCGGACGGACACUUAUGGCGAGCCGACGAACACGAUUAUUCUCCCGAUAGCGCAGAAUCGGCGCGCACCAAUGCCGCCCUGAUCACGCUGGUGCGCAAUGAGGAACUCAACGACUUGCUCAAGACCAUGCGCGACCUCGAGCGCACCUGGAACAGCAAGUUCAACUAUCCCUACAUCUUCUUCAAUGAUGUCCCUUUCACCGAGGAAUUCAAGCAGAAGACUCGGGCCGCCACCAAGGCCGUCGUUCAAUAUGAAUUGGUUCCCAAGGAGCACUGGGAGGUCCCUGACUGGAUCAACAUGGAUCUUUUCCGCGAGUCCGCCCAGAUGCUGGAGGAGCAGAACAUCCAGUACGCGUCGAAGAUUUCCUAUCACCAAAUGUGUCGCUGGAACAGCGGCUUGUUUUACAAGCACCCCGCCCUCGAGAAAUACCGCUACUACUGGCGCAUUGAGCCCAAGGUCCAAUUCUUCUGCGAUGUUGACUAUGACGUCUUCCGCUACAUGGAGGAUCGCAACAAGACCUAUGGAUUCACCAUCAACCUCUACGAUGCCCCUCAGACCAUCGCGACCCUCUGGCCCCAGACUAAGAAGUUCUUGGCUGCCAACCCGACGUAUCUGAGCGAUAACAACAUGUGGGAUUGGAUUACCGAUGAUCAGGCUCGCCCUGAGCACAACGAGAUGGCCAAUGGUUACUCCACCUGUCACUUCUGGUCCAACUUUGAGAUUGGUGACUUAGAUUUCUUCCGUGGUGAAAAAUACGAGGCCUACUUCCAGCACCUUGACCGCGCUGGUGGCUUCUUCUACGAGCGCUGGGGUGAUGCGCCCGUCCACUCUCUCGGUAUCGGUCUUUUCGCCGACUCCAACAAUGUACACUGGUUCCGUGAUAUUGGAUACAACCAUAUUCCUUACUACAACUGUCCCAACUCACCCAAGUGCUCCGGAUGCCAGGCCGGCCAGUUCUUCGGUGGUGCCGACUGGUUGUCCAAGGAAGACUGCCGUCCGACCUACUUCAAGUACGUUGGAACGCACUAA